UAUAAAUUAUGCAUUGUAAGCGUAUGGGAUUCAUUAUCUCGCAAACUAUUCAGUCAUCAUGCAUCUUCUUGAGAGUUCCAGAAGAACCAUAUUCAAACGAUCUCAGCAUGAUUUCAUCGACUGCCUGAGCAUCACUUGACUUUCAAUGUGCUCGGUAUUCCUUAUUCCAUCUCCUCUAAUUAUUCUACGUUUCCUCCGCCAUCCUGAAAUUUGAACUAACGUCUGAUUCUACGAAACACCUAGAGUUCAGGAAAUGCCGGACGCAGCUGAAGUAGAUUCGUAUGGUCGGAGAGUGGAGCGUCCUCCAAAUGCCCUCCUGAAAGCAAUUCAAUCGGGCGGGGAAUACACACUUUUGCUCCUCACUAUGUGCGGAGCUCUGCUCGCCGUGUUGUUUUCCGUGAUCCUCGCCAACACUACGGACAUCGACUCGAUGCCACGGAGAUUUGAGAUGAUCUACUUGCUGGGAUUCCCCGGGAUGUUGUUCUUGAGAACUUUGCAAAUGAUCGUUAUCCCGUUGGUCAUGGCCUCCAUCGUUCAUGCGCUCGGAAACAUGGACAUCGGUGCCAGUGGGAAGAUUGGAUUGCGAACUUUCAUCUACUUUUUUGUCACUACGUUGAUUGCCACGAUUGUCGGGAUCGUGCUUGCGGUGAUAGUGAACCCGGGUAAAUCGGGGAAGGCCGCGCGUAGGAUUGAUCUCCCGACGCAGAGUAAUCCGAACUUCUACACACUCCUGGACACGAUUCGGAAUGUUUUCCCAACUAAUCUGUUUGGUGCAUUCCUGUACCAAGAAAAAGUUCACGUUCCGGUUGAUCUGGACAAACCGCUAUCUAGUCAGAUUGAGAGUACCAUGACAACCAACAUCAUGGGGUUGUUGUUUGUUUCUAUAAUGGCUGGGAUUUUGUUGGCAAGAAUAAGCAGAACACCGGAAGGAAUAUUAAUUUUGGGCAUAUUGGACGGAUUGAACAGGAUGCUCAUCACUGGCGUUCACUGGAUUAUUUGGCUCACACCGGUUGGGGUAUUGUCAUUGUUGAUGGACACAAUCUUGCGAAGCAUUCGUUCCUUAUCCGACCUCGGGAUAAGCAUGGGGUGGUACAUCCUUGUAGUUGUCUUGGCUUUGUCAAUAAUUCUUUUCAUCGUGUACCAAGCUUUGUAUUUUGGGAUGACGCGGACGAAUCCCUUCAAAUUCUUCAGCGGAAUGAUGCAAGCCUGGAUUACUGGGAUGGCCACGUCUUCCAGUUCAGCGACUUUGCCGUUGACGAUGUAUUGUUUGGAGAAAAACAAUGGGGUUGACGAAAGAAUCAGUAGUUUUGUUGCUUCGCUCGGAGCAACGGUGAACAUGAACGGAACUGCGUGUUACGAAGCCGUUGCUGCCAUUUAUUUGGCGGGCAUGUCGCUUGAGCGUUCUCUGAGCGUUGGCGAUUACAUCAUCAUAAGUUUGACUGCUACUUUAGCUGGGGUUGGAGCUGCGGCGAUUCCGUCUGCGGGUCUCGUCACGAUGAUCAUGGUUCUGGAUUCGAUUGGAGUGGAUUCAUCGACCAUCGCUUUCAUUUUACCUGUCGACUUCAUUUUGGAUCGUUUGCGAACGGGGGUGAACAUCAUGGGAGACGCUUAUGGUGCCGGCAUUAUCAAUCAUCACAUGAAAGAUGACUUGGAAGAACUGGAUCGACUCGCAGCCCGUGAAAGAGAAAACCUCUUAAGAUCUCAACCUCCAGACGAUUACACCAGGGCUUCCAGGCUUUCCGUGACAGCUCCGCGUCCCACGGAAAGUACAUAAUUCUCGUGGUUUUUUUCUUGAGUUGGAAAUUGAAACGCGGUUCAGAAUUUGAUUUUCUUUGUGAUGAGAAUCUUGGUUGUAAAGAUUUUUUCCUGUUGUUUUCUUGGUCUUGCGUGACAAGUGUGCAAUAAGAGGGUUCUUCCAUGUUUUUUGAGACGGAA